UUUUCCUGGUCCAGUGCAAUGAAUGGCGUUUCGGCGUGAACGGAGAGUGUUUUGAAUUAAGAAUUCGAGUUGUAAACACAUCCUCAGGAGACCGAAGAGCUCAACAUUUAGAUAUAUAAUCAAAAUGAUGCAGUCUAUGAAACGCCCUGCCGAUAUGGCAGUGGUUCCAGCCGCCAUGAAGAGACCCCGGAAUGAGCUUAUCGCCGCCGUGCAAUCCAAACAACUCAUGCCCACUGGACCCCCGAGAUGCUCAAGCCUCGAAGCUCCGAUUAUGUUGUUAGCAGGGCACGAAGGAGAAGUCUACUGCUGCAAAUUUCACCCCAAUGGAGCCACGCUGGCCUCGGCUGGCUACGACCGUCUCAUCUUGAUGUGGAACGUGUACGGAGAAUGUGAAAACUACGCCACGCUCAAGGGUCACAGCGGAGCAGUGAUGGAACUUCAGUACAACACAGACGGCAGCCUGCUUUUCUCAGCUAGCACCGACAAGACGGUAUGCGUCUGGGACGCAGAGACGGGUGAGCGGAUAAAACGCCUGAAAGGCCACAACGCAUUCGUCAACUCCUGCUACCCAGCGCGCCGCGGGCCCCAGCUAGUCUGCACAGGUAGCGACGACAGCACCGUCAAGCUGUGGGACAUCCGCAAGAAGGCGGCGGUGCACACUUUCCAAAACACCUAUCAGGUACUCAGCGUGACCUUCAACGACACCAGCGAUCAGAUCAUGUCCGGGGGCAUCGACAACGACAUCAAAGUGUGGGACCUGAGGCAGAACAAGCUCAUCUACAGCAUGCAAGGCCACGGGGACUCGGUGACAGGGCUCAGCCUGAGCGCAGAGGGCUCCUACCUACUGUCAAACUCCAUGGACAACACUGUGCGGGUGUGGGAUGUGCGGCCCUUUGCUCCCAAAGAGAGGUGUGUGAAGAUCUUCCAGGGGAACGUCCACAACUUCGAGAAGAACCUCCUGCGGUGCGCUUGGUCGCCUGACGGCAGCAAGAUCUCGGCUGGAUCCGCCGACAGGUUCGUGUACGUCUGGGACACCACAACUCGCCGCAUCCUCUACAAACUCCCGGGUCACGCGGGAUCCGUCAACGAGGUCGCCUUCCACCCAGAUGAGCCCAUAAUCCUGUCAGGAGCCAGCGACAAACGCCUGUACCUGGGCGAGAUCCAGUGAGAUGCGCAACACACACACAUACACAGGCCUUUGCCAGAGGAAGAACAGCCACAGAAGGACUAUCUAGAUCUAGAUAUCUUGAUCAGGCUCUAUUGUCUGGUCUGUGUGUCCACCCCGAUGUGAAUUUGAAUUUAACCCCAGGGGCAUAUUCCAAAAAAGUGAUUUAGUUACUCACACCUGGCUAAAUUAAUCCAGGGUGAAUUGUAAACCUCCUAUUAGAAGAGACUGUCAGUUUUCCCCUUCAAUCAAAACAAAGUCAUAGGACUCCUGUAUUAUUAGAGUUACCACUUGCUCAGGGUUUAUGCACCCAGGUUAAGAGACUGCUUUCAAUGCUGUCUGGAAUAUGCCCCUGAUCUGGGAGUGAAGAUGAUGAUAUAUUAUGUGAAAAGACUGUGGUUUUGUGGCUGACUUAAAGAAAUGCAAACUUGAAAUAGUGAAUUUUGUUAAGUUACAUUUUCUAUUUUUACAGAUAAUCUCAUUGGAUGAUUGAGUGGAUAUGGUGAGGUUCAGGCUAAACUAUCCAAAAUUCAUCACUGUUUCAAAUUUGGAAUCUAAGGCAUUGUUUUGAUCCUGCCUUUCAUGUCAAACAAGAGAGUGAAUGGGUUGUGUAAGACCACUGGGUGUUAGCCCACCCUAUGUGGCCAUAUGUGAGCGAGGGAGUAAAUGACAGUCAGCUGUUUUCAUACGUAACUUCAGUGUUUGUAAGACUCUAAAGCCUUUUUUUGGCAUUUUUAAUAAACUUGGUUAAAAAAAGA